AUGGCCGUCUACAGAGACAGCGAUCAGAAGCUAGAUGUGAAAUCAUCUGUUUCUUCGCAGUCUUCUUCCCUCAGAAGAGAGGAAGCGAUUUUCCAGUAUCUGGGGGCUUGCCCUGAUAUCGUUAAGUGCUUGGGUGGCUAUUCAAGCAUGGAAGAUGAUGGCAGUUCGCUAUAUAAUCUGGUGUUGGAAUACGCACCCGGAGGAAGUCUGACGGGGUUGAUGAAGAAGCGCAGAGGCAAAUUAUGGGAGUUUGAAGCUCGGCAUUAUGCGAGGAUGAUAAUCAGAGGUUUACGCUACAUGCAUGAGAGGGGAGUGGUUCACUGCGAUGUGAAGCUGGAUAAUGUACUUGUAUUUCCCGGCGAAGAUGGUGGGAAUGUGGUGAAGCUUGCUGAUUUUGGACUGGCUAGAAGGAUUAAUGUCGAGGAACAGAUUUGGGUGCAGCACCGGGGCUCCCCACCUUACAUGUCGCCAUAG